ACCGCUAACUGUCACUUGUCAAUUUGCCGAUUUCGUUCUUUGCUACACGAUCCGUCCAUCUUCCACCGCUCUGAGCGACUUACUUCUUGGGUUUACGAAUUGACGACUAAUUAUUUUGACAUUCUUUUUUCGUUCGCUACUUUGAUUUAAUAAUACCCUUGAGAAGCCAGACACCACAAAAAUAAAAAUCCGGUGUGCAAUAACAAACGGAAUAAGAAUACCCACUUUGACCGACUUUGUGACUUUGUGAAAGCCGAAAGCCUGCGAAACACCCCGGGUUGGAAACAAAACGAAACAAAACAACAUCGCAAAACCGAGGCUCCAUAGGCUACGGAAUAGAGGGUAAAGGCCAAAAUUUAAAAUAGAGAAAAAAAGGGGAGACAGGAGUGGAUAGAAAAGAACACCCAAGUUUAGACGCGUAAGCCAACGAUGACAGACUCCCUACACAACGCACCCAUCGUGCUGGACAAUGGCUCCGGCACGAUUAGAGCGGGCUUCGCGGGAGACGAUCUACCAAAAUGCUACUUCCCUUCGUUCGUCGGGCGACCGAAACAUCUACGAGUGCUAGCCGGUGCGUUAGAAGGCGAAGUAUUCAUCGGCCAAAAAGCGGCGACGGAGCUCAGGGGGCUCCUAAAGAUCAGAUAUCCCCUAGAGCACGGCAUAGUCACGGAUUGGGAUGAUAUGGAGAAGAUAUGGGAGUACGUCUACAGCGAAGGCUUGAAAACUAUGAGCGAAGAGCAUCCCGUCCUCCUAACAGAACCUCCGCUAAACCCGCGAGCAAACCGCGACACGGCAGCCCAGAUCCUCUUCGAGACCUUCAACGUGCCCGCGUUGUACACAUCUAUCCAAGCAGUCCUGUCCCUUUACGCCAGUGGGCGCACGACGGGAUGCGUAUUGGACUCAGGCGAUGGCGUCUCACACGCAGUGCCAGUAUACGAGGGAUUCGCGAUCCCAUCAUCAAUGCGACGCAUUGACGUAGCGGGCCGGGACGUGACGGAAUACAUGCAGACACUGCUGCGCAAGAGCGGCUACGUCUUCCACACAAGCGCAGAGAAGGAGGUUGUACGACUAAUCAAAGAAUCCGUCUCCUACGUCGCCCUCAACCCCAAGCUCGAAGAAAAAGAAUGGCAGAGCGCCAAGCUCGACCAAGGCAAGACGGCCGAGUACGUCCUUCCCGACGGCAACCGCCUCCGCGUCGGACAAGAGCGCUUCCGCGCCCCCGAGAUCCUCUUCGACCCCGAGAUCAUCGGCCUCGAGUACCCCGGCAUCCAGCAGAUCGUCACGGACGCCAUAAACAGGACCGAUCUGGACCUGAGGAAGGCGCUCUACGCUAAUAUUGUCUUGUCCGGCGGCAGCACUUUGACGAAGGGCUUCGGCGACCGCUUGUUGAGCGAGGUCAAGAAGCUCGCUGUCAAGGACAUGCGGAUCAAGAUCUUUGCCCCGCCGGAGCGGAAGUACUCGACUUGGAUCGGAGGCAGUAUUUUGGCUGGGUUAAGCACAUUUAGAAAGAUGUGGGUUAGCAUCGACGACUGGCAUGAGGACCCCGAUAUCAUCCACAAAAAAUUGACAUAAGCUUCCCUGCGUUUCUUGAUUUUCGAAUGAAUACAGGUAGGCGGAAUGUUUCACGAACACAUACUCGGGAUGAGGGGGAAGGGGGUCAACGCGUUACGAGAAUUGGUGAUCUCCUAUCCCGAAUGUACUAAAUAUGGGCGCGACGGAAUUAGUCAGAUGCAUAACACGAGCCCUGUUAGAGACUUGAUUACCUAGGGGGUGUUCGAGGGGGAAUGGGUCUGACAGUUCGCUCUACUGAGUUUUAUGAGAUGUUCGCUGGGGGGAAGGGAAGGGGUGAUGGGACAGAAGGCAGAGGUCGGCGCCGGCAGCUUGUGUGUCAGAUUAUUGGCGGAUUACCUAUGUCAUCUAUGUAGAUGAAUGAUACCCAGGCGUUGAAGAUCACACGCGA